AUAUCUCUAAGUGUCUUUAUACCCCAAAACACUUCCUUACAUUUCCUCUCUUUUAUUUUUCUCUCUUUUCGUUACUCUUCUAUUUCACAGCAGAAUAUAGUCUCAACAUCAAAGAUAUAAAACCUAUAUAUCUACUAGCUAUCUAGCUUCUCUCGAUUUUUCACUCUUUAACUCUCUUAUUAAGACAACCUUAAAUUUAUCUCCUUCUCCCUCUCUUGUCUAGUGUCCAAUCUAGAGAUAGAGAGAAAGCGCACACAACUUAAGGGUAAUUUUCUUGCGACAUUGUAGUAUCACAACUAAUCAACAAGUAAAGAAGCUUCAAUAAUAUGUCUAACAGACGAUCAAGACAAUCUUCAAGUGCUCUGAGGAUAUCCGAUGACCAGAUGAUCGACCUCGUUAGUAAGCUCCGUCAGCUUUUGCCGGAGAUUCGCGAACGACGCCGUUCUGAUAAGGUGUCAGCAUCUAAGGUACUACAAGAGACAUGCAACUACAUAAGAAAGCUGCACAGCGAAGUUGACAAUCUCAGUGACCGUUUGUCGCAGCUCCUCGACUCCGUUGAUGAAGAUAGCCAUGAAGCUGCUGUCAUUAGAAGCUUACUCAUGUAACCUUCCUAUAUAUUUAUUAAUCUAUGUAAUCUUGAUCGUCCUUAUUAUAUUAUCAAGAGACGUUUUUUAUCU